GUUUUUGAAGUUUGAAUUUUGCUAAUAAACAAUUCAUGAAAUUCAUAUUUAUUUUAUUACAAGUAGCUUGCAACAUAUUUAUUUAUCAAUGAUUUCAAGUAGUAUUUAAAAUAUAACUAACGUUGUUUACUCAUUCUACGUACACUAUUUUUUUACAUCGUUUUUUUUUUGUCAUUAGAACUUAGAAACUUCUUGUUUUUUAUUUAUGCGCGAUGCCCGCUUCAUAUAAAUGGACUUCAUUAAGGAAAACGACUAAAAACAGUUGCGAUUGCCCUAGUAUAAAUGUAUCUACACAUCCAUUAAAAGUUGAGGUUGUAAGUAUGAAAGAAAGUUCGAGUAAGAGCUUCAUAGAAAAUAUAAAUAAAUGGAGUGCAGCUUUUGAAGAAGUAGAUCCUCUAAUGAAAUUUGAACAAAUAGAAGCAGAAGAGGUAAUCUAAUCAAUGCUAUAUACAUGAUGUAAUUGUAUGUAUUAAUAAAGUAGUGAAGAGUGGAAUUUGUAUGUUAACAUUUUGUUGUGGUUUUUUGUGUUGUAUGUUAUAUGAUUAACUGUGUGUGUAACUGUGGUGCCACCAUGGUGGCAACAAAAUAUUAAAAUAUAAGAGUAAGCUUUAGUAAAAUCACAAUUAUUUUGUGUGGAAAGAACACAAUCUACCUUCAAAUUUAGUAAUAGUUCAUUGCAAAUUCUGUUAAUGUGACAGUUUAAUUACUUCAUAAUGGAGAAAACUGCAUUACUGUGAUACAUUUUUUUCUUUAAAGUCAGUACAGAAUGUAGGAUUUCUAAUAUGGUAAAAGUAAAAUAUUUUUGCUUGGUCUUAAAAUUCAAAAUUACUAUUAUAGAAAAGUUGUUAUAGUUAAUUCACAUAUGUAUCUUAAGUCUGUAGUCUGAAGUUAUGGAGAAUGAUAUGAACAAAUUAAAGUAAACUAUUUUUAUUUCGUUUUGAUGAAAACAAAGACAAAUAAACUUAUUGUGGAGUUAUAGAGAACAAAAAACCACAUACAAUCUCUCUGGCUACAAUUUUCUGUUUACAUCUCUGUCCUGCGAGUCUCGUAUACUGUCCCGUCUGCUGAUAUCUCUUGACAACUCGGUGUACCACAGGUUUUGAUACUCCUACUGUUUGUGCCUUGUGUUUGUAAGUGUGCCCAGUUUCAAUUAAAGUAACAGCCCUAACAGCUUGAGUGCGCUUUAGAUUGACAGUUUAUUUCCAGUUUAUUUUAGUAAAAAUUCACACCUAACAAUAAACAAAGCAGUCACGGCAGAAUUUUAAACAAAACCUGACUAAACUCAAAUUUGAAAAUUUUCCGCAGUAUACACAACAGUUGUACGUGGUCGAGCCAUGCUGCAGCUAUAUUUCUGGUUUAGUUGUAACACAAAGAGGUCGACUCGACCGGGGAAGGACCACGCUCACACAGAAUAUCAGCGUAAAAUAGCAGCUUAAUGCUGCUGUGUUUCGUAUGGUGAGUGUAGAGAACUGGAGACCCUUUUUACUGGAAUUAAGGCAUUCCAUCUUAGUCCUCACGGGUGACAACACAUCUGUAUUUUGAUUUGUAAUCGAGGAUAAAUUUAGAUGUCUAUGGACCACAGCAACCACUUACCCUCAGGUAGACUGUGUGCUCAUUUGUCACCCUUAGGCUAUAAAAAAAGUAUGAAAGAACAAUAUUACACAAUAAUAAAAUUGUAACAGGUGAAAUUAAAAACUUUUUUUUUUGCGUUCCUCUAAAUUUAUCCAUCAAUGUAAUUAUUAGAUACCAAUUUUUUUGUGGGUGUGAGACCUACAUGAAAGCUAAAGUAAAGUAUAGCUCAAAAUAUAUGAUUUGAAUAUAUAAUAUGAAAUAAUUAUAUUGAAAAAUAUAUUUUUAUUCUGUAUUAUCCAUGGUUAUAGUAUAGUAGCUGUUAUAAUUUAAUACAUCAAAUCUUACAAUUUUUCAGAUAAAAUAUAUAAUUAUGUGUAAUAUACGAGGGUGCGUUUUUAAGUUUGCGGAAUGGGUAGGUAGGUAAUAAGUGGGGAUGUCGUUGAAUUAUGUCCUAAUUGAGCAACUCAUUAUUAGUAUAAAUACGGGGUUUUAUUGUAAUUUGAUCAUUAGUCUUUGAGUUAUCGUCAACCAAACAAGUCAAUCGGGAAGAAAUUGUGAAAUAUGGAGAAAAUCAAGUUCCGUGCCGUUAUAAAGUUCCUUACCAAGCGCGGAAAAUCAGUUCAGACUAUACUGAAAGAGAUGUCAUCCAUUUACGGAGAUUCUUGUCCAAGUAAAACUAUAGUUUACAAGUGGCAUACCCUUUUUAAACAAGGCAGAGAGUCACUUGAAGACGACACACUUCCAGGAAGGCUGUUCGAGGUGACCACUUCGGAAAUUAUUAAAAAAUUCGAAAAAUUAAUAUUAGAAGAUGCCCGCCUAAAGAAAAAACAGCUCGCAGAAAUGGUUGGAGUAUCGGGUACAACCAUUUUCAAAAUUCUUCAUGACCAUCUUGGCAUGACUAAAGUCAGCGCAAGCGGCGGUGCCUAGAAUGCUCACGCCGCCUCAAAAGCAACAGCGCGUCGAGUGUUCUCGUAUAUUUUUGGACCUCUGUAUGGAAGACAAAGAUGUAGUGUUGGCUCGAAUUGUUCCUGGUGACGAAACUUGGGUUCACCAUUAUGAACCUGAGUCUAAACAGGACUCUAUGCAGUGGCAAAAAAAAGGCACACCACCACCCAAGAAAUUUAAGGUGGCACAAUCGGCUGGGAUAAUCAUGGAGACAGUCUUUGGGGACUCAGAAGGAAUCCUAUUGAUUAAUUAUAAAGAUAAAGGUGACUCCAUAACCGGAAAUUACUACGCUUCAAUCCUAGAACAAUUUCAGGAAGCCAUAAAGGAGAAAAGAUGGGGAAAAUCGACCAAAGGAAUCCUUCUUCUGCACGACAAAGCGCCUGUUCACGAGUGCCAUGUUGCGAUGGCUGCAAUGCAGAAGGUAGGCUUCGAAAUUUUACCACACCAAACUUAUUUCCAAACUUAAAAAAAGAACUUAGUGGGAAAAAGUUUUUAAGUGAUGAAGAAGUGAAGGAAGCAGUUUCGGCGUAUUUUUUAGACAAAGACAUAUAAUUUUUUUGAGGGUAUCAUAAGUUAAUUGAAAGAUCCGAAAAAUGUAUUAGGGUAGCAGGUGAAUAUAUUGAAAAGGAGAAAUAAAUUUGGAUUUUUAUUUCCACUCCUUACCGCCCAUUCCGCGUACUUAAAAACGCGCCCUCGUACUUAAACAUAACGUUAUAAAUUAAAAAUAAUACACUGAAUUAUUUUGUAAUAUUUCAUUAAAAAGUAAGUACCUAUUCAUUAUGGAUCAAAAACACUUAAGAAGGAAUUAGAAGAACUUCAAUUGAACGAAGUUUCGGCAUACCUGAAUACUAUUAUAUAGUAUAUAUUGCUUCCUAAAACUUCAUUGCGCCAAUAUGGGCUACCACAACUUUUAUUACCACCAGGGUAGCGCCACUUUGGAAUGUGGUAAAAUAUUUGACAGAUCUCAUGGCGGGGAAGUUGAGUAGUUAAAAAAUUAUAAAGCUCCUUUCUGAAAUAUUAGUUACAUUUUGUAUAAAUUAGAUUAGAAAGAAAGUGAUUAUGUAAAAUGCAACUUUUUUAUUGUAUAACUUAUGUUAAAUUUCAUUUAUGCCCCUACCAAAAUUUAGAGUUAGAGGCUAAACAAUCGUCGAGAAUUAUACAGAUUAAUUAAUUGUACAAAGUACAGAAGGAUCAUUCCUUAAAAACAUUGAAAAAAAAAACUCAUGUCACGACCACAAAUCAUAGAGAGUGCAAAAGUAAAGCAUAUGUUUGUACUUUACUUUACAUUUCUAGAUGCGGCUGUAGUUAAAAAGUUUUGUGUUUGGUGGUCAGACUUCUCUUCGAUGUCCGAUUAAUUGAUCUAAAAUUUGGUAUACAUAAUAUAAAUUAUGUAGUUUUGCUGCAGGCUUUUAACAAUAUGUUAAAAUUGUCACAAAAAUAUAAUUUUUGUUUAAACUGUUAUAUGCUGCCUACUGAAUAUUAUUAUAACAAACACUAUU